AUGAAUACUAUGGUGGCAUUCGAUGAACAAGAAGCCGAAGCCAUUCUCGAUAAUCUCUGCCAUUUGUACAAGGCUGAGCUCAAGAAAACAAGUGGUUUGAAAACAGGAAAGGAUAGGAAUCGUAACACACAACCGCGUUUUAGUUUUAUUCCAAUGGCAAAGAAGAUUUUCGAUCCAAUACCUCACAACAAGAUUCCUUCGUUAUACUUGGCGUUAUUUGAUUGCAUACCGAAAUAUUUAUCUGUUCAUGGUGAAGAAUUAUUUGAAAAUGGUAGCGGUGUAAAAGUACCGUUUAGUAUAGAAGAGUUAUUAUUAAACGUCAUCAUCCCUUAUCAGUUGCCGCAUUCAGUGAAGGCUCCAUCAUCCCAGUCUGCUGAAGCAUCAUCGACCAACAAGAAGAAUUCUAAAGCAGUACAUUACGUCCAAACUCCUGCACGUGUUCGGUUAGAGAUUGAGCACUCAAUUCAGCUUAUACGCCAUUUUCUUCCAAUAAAACUCCCUUUAGAAACAAAAGUAUGGAAACAGAUUCGAUACAUUCUCGUCCCUUCUAAUAACAAAGAAAAACUUCGUCUUUUGGUACCAGAGAUAGCAGCGGCGUAUGCGAGGGGUACAAUUAGCUUUGGCCGCUGCGACAUUGUUAUGAGGAGAUGUGUUAUCGGAGUUCGCCGAAGAACCUGA